CUGCCGACAGCCGGCUCAGGCCCCAGCCGCCGCCGCCGCCUCCCCCUCCAUGGCCGCCGCUCUCGCCGGCUGCAUUGUGGGAAGCUGACCUCACUCGCUGCUGCCGCCGCCCCGCCGGCUCCGGCACUCGCCGCCAUGGGGGCCGUGACCGACGAUGAAGUUAUCCGCAAGCGACUUCUGAUCGAUGGCGAUGGUGCUGGUGACGACAGGCGGAUCAAUUUGUUGGUGAAGAGUUUCAUUAAGUGGUGUAAUUCUGGAUCUCAAGAGGAAGGAUAUACCCAGUACCAACGAAUGCUGAGUACUUUAUCCCAGUGUGAAUUUUCAAUGGGAAAAACUCUUCUGGUGUACGAUAUGAACCUGAGAGAAAUGGAAAACUAUGAAAAAAUCUAUAAGGACAUAGAAAAUAGCAUAGCUGCAGCGCAUGAGAAGAUUUCUGAAUGCAAAAAGCAAAUCCUGCAAGCAAAAAGGAUUCGAAAAAACCGCCAGGAAUAUGAUGCAUUGGCUAAAGUCAUACAGCACCAUCCAGACAGACAUGAAACACUGAAGCAGCUGGAAGCUUUGGGGAAAGAACUGCAACAUCUUUCUCACAUUAAAGAGAAUGUUGAAGAUAAGUUGGAACUGAGAAGAAAGCAGUUUCAUGUUCUCCUGAGCACCAUCCAUGAACUUCAGCAAACCCUGGAGAAUGAUGAAAAACUUUCAGAAGCUGAAGAAUCUCAGGAAACUCAGAUCGAAACAGAGACCAAACAGUAGAUGUGAUGUGAAGACUGACCAUACUUCUGAAGAAUGUCCAAGUGUCUUCAGUGUGUGUUGAAAUCAACAGUAAAGAGGGAUGGAGAAAAAAAAAUGUUUUCUACUAUUUCUGUGAUGUUCUAUACACAAAUACUUGUUUUUUCUUCAGGGGAAAACAGUUACAGAUCUACACAGGCAGUUUGCAUUAAUCCACAAAGUUUGCAGUUCCUGAUAAGAAAUAUACUUUGUUUUUAUAAAGGAUGAAACGUCUACACAAUGUUCAUGAACUAAGGUGUUUGCAAAACACUGUCAAUAAAAGCUGUUUACAAAGA